UGUAGUGAUAUCCUAUGUUUAUUUGCUAUUGUAUUGUAAUUUGAUAUAAAAAAAAAUGAUAAUUUGACUGCGUGUGAACAGGGGCGAAAUGAACGUAAAGGCUACACACAAUGAUUUGCUCGUUUGUUUCAGUUAACGAUUUUAUUCAUUUCCACCGAUCAAAGAGCUCAGGGAGUAUACUGAACCAAAUGGAUCGCGUUGUUUGUUAGCAAGCGAAUUGUGAGCAGUAAAUCAUUGUUCUUUGAUAGCUGUUGAGCUAGUCAGUCUGCUAACGUUUCGCAUUUGUGUUAGCUACAGACAGAAGCAAUGCCCAGGUAACUGUCAUCAAUGCAUUCGACACCUAGCGUUGUGUGACACUGUCAGUCUCCCCACCAUGAAACUGGUUCGCCUCCUGUGUCGUCACAAGACGGCUCUGGCAAUUGCAGGAGUCUGCCUAUUUGCUGUAGUCGUCCUCUUCCUCGCCAAGUGUACCUCAGAGACCCUGAAACAGGGCCAGGUUGACCCUCCAGGCCUAGCACCCCACGCUGCCCACUCCCGGCCCAGAGCAGAGCACCCCAAGCCCCCCCCACGCCCCAAAGACCUCUCAGCCUUCCUUGUGGUCCUCAUCACCACAGGACCCAAGUACACAGAGCGGCGGAGCAUUAUCCGCAGCACAUGGCUGACUAAGAAGGACCCGGAGGUUCUAGCUAUGUUUGUGGUGGGAACAGAGGGUCUACCGGCCGAGGAUAUGCAGAACCUCAACACAGAGCAGGGCCGACACAAAGACCUGCUCUUACUCCCCGAGCUGCGGGACUCGUAUGAGAACCUGACCCUGAAGCUGCUGCACAUGUACUCCUGGCUGGAUCACAAUGUAGACUUUAAGUUUGUUUUAAAAGCAGAUGACGACACCUUUGCUCGCCUGGACCUGCUGAAGGAGGAGCUGAAGACUAAAGAACCCAGCCGGCUGUACUGGGGGUUCUUCUCAGGCUGCGGUCGUGUCAAAACUGCAGAGAAGUGGAGGGAGUCUGCUUGGGAGCUGUGUGACUACUACUUACCCUACGCCCUGGGUGGAGGCUAUCUGCUCUCCUGCGACCUAAUCCACUACGUGCGCAUCAACGCUGCCUUCCUCAAGGUGUGGCAGAGCGAUGACGUGUCGCUCGGGGCUUGGCUGGCCCCCGUGGACGUCAAACGGACGCACGACCCACGCUUCAACACGGAGUUCAAGUCAAGGGGCUGUAGUAAUAAGUACCUGGUGACCCACAAGCAGAGCCUGGAGGAUAUGUUAGAGAAACAGCAGACACUGCAGAGAGAUGGGAGGUUGUGUAAAGAAGAGGUUAAACUCAGACUGAGUUAUGUAUACGACUGGAGCGUCCCGCCAUCCCAGUGCUGCCAAAGGAAGGAUGGAGUACCCUGAUAACCCCUGACCCUGUCCAUCCUCACCAAUGUUUCCCCAGGCAGUAUGGUGUUCUCCCUCAGCCUUGCUCUGCCGUCGUCCCCCACCUCCCCUCUUGUUCUGUUGCCCCUCCUCAACUGAAACAUUUGUUGACAUCCAUAGAAGGUGUCUGUUAUGGCAGCCCGCCUAUGAAAAUAAUUGUAUAUGUUUACUUGUUUAUUUAUUCUGGAGCCCUCACAGACUGAAGCAAACUGGUACCACAGAAUAGGACAGGAGUAGAUGUAUUUAUUAUUAACAGCAUGUUGGGAGUGAGUGUACUUAAAGGAACUGGUAUUCAGCUUACUGGUAGGACAAUAAAGAGACCCAAGUUUGUUUAUUUUUACAUAUCCAUAAUCAACGUUUCAGUGAAAGUGACGAUUUUAGCCAUUUUUAGCUAAUUUUCCACCGCAGUCCCUGGGCAGGUUAUUCAAAACAAUAACAAUACAGACAAUCAUUGAGCAGUAAACACACGCAGAGCAACAUAGGACAAGCAACACGUAGAAUGCAGACAGAGCAAUAGCACAAAAAGCAACAAAAUACAUAAUAGCAACAAAGUGUUUUCACACCACAAAAGCUACAAAUAACAUGGAAAGCAGCCAUGUGAUUAUGUUCACAAGUGUAAUUGGCCUUGAGCAAUGUCUUCGUGUUUUUUGUGAAGUUGUGAUAGGUGCAGUUGUGUGUGUCUGAUGGCAGUGUAUUCCAGACAUGGGAAGCUCUCACAGAAAAAGCAGAUUGACGAAAGGUGUUUUUCCUUCAACUGCCAUGGGUUUGGGUUUUCUGAAUUAACAAAAGUCCUGAGUGGAGGGGGAGCCAGGCCAUUUAGGAUCUUGCACAAGAUUUUUUUCAACUCAGGAGCUCAUGCUUUCUGAGGAUGUGACAGUGAUGAUGGCUAUUGGGCUUCCUAUGAAGCACUUUGAGAGGCUGUUUGUAGAUAGACAAUGGGUUUUAAUGUUGUACAGCAAGCUUGGGCCCAACUAGUCAAGCAGUAUGUUAAGUGGGAGAGUAUCAUAGUACAGUUUUGCUACCUCAGUAGUCACAAUUUGGUAUGAAUCGGAAAAUAGCUAGGUUGAGUUACCUUUUUCACCUGCUUUUUAAAAGAGUUUGGAAUCAAGUAUGAUGCCAAUGUACUUAAAAUCGGACACCACUUGGAGCUUCUCCCCUGACACAUAAACACCUAGUUCAGUAGCAUCAGUUGCCCUCUGUGAAGAACAUGCAGACUGUUUUUUUUUCUUCACAUUGAGAUGCAAACAUGAGUCACUGAGCCACUUUGUAACCUGGACCAUUACAGUAGUGAGUUCUUGUGCAGCUUGUUGUUUGCUCUUUGCAGGCACAUAUCACUAUAUCAUCUGCAUACAUUUGAACUUCAGACCAAGUACAGACAUAAGGCAGAUCAUUAAUGUACAGGCUGAAUAGGAGGAGCCCCGGUAUCGAACCUUGGGGCACGCCCACAUCAUAGUGUGGGCGACAGCUCAUUGCUAACUGAAUGACACACUUCGUUCUGUCUUCAAGGUAUAAUUUCAUCCACCUCAUUCUUGUCUAUAUUUACAAAUUCCUGGGUCUGUCUUUGAGUGAAAGUGGACCUAUUGGUGAAUGUGAUGAAAGUGAUUAUCUUGAUAUGAAUAUGGUGCUUAUUACCUAUUGAUGAGGAACAAUGGCCCAGAAUUAUACAUUCAGAGCUUGAUGGUGUUUAGAGUUGUAAUUGAGGUUAAAAAUGUAUAAUGUUGGCCUCUCUCCUCUCCCCCUGAUCAUUGAGAGCCUGUUCUGUUCUGCUGGGAGAUUUAACCCACCUGCUGUCUGUGUUUGGUAGACGUAUUUGCAAAGCCCAGUGAUGCCCAACAGAGCUGUGUGUGUUUUCAGCUGAGCUUCUGUAUUGGCAAUUUUCCAGCUGGCAUUUGGUUACUUUUCAACAAACGAAAAAAUAACUGCUUCCAUUAAAGAUGUUGAAAGAAAUUGUAUGACUGUCUUCUCCUCAUCGUUUGUUUAAAACAUUUUGACCUAUUGAGCAUUUCAUUGAAAUGCUUUUGAAAAGUGUAUUUUUGUAAUAAAAUCUUUAUUAAUUAAGCAGUUAUUUGUUGGAAUAAAAUGCCAUCUACCUUUGUUACUAAGACAAAAGCCAGCAGACAUAGAGCUGUUUUGGCACAGUUUUCCAGAACUGAGAUGGUACUCAUAUCAAUAUGUAUACACCUAUACUUAUUGGUACUGUAUAUCUUUAAUUUAGGAAUAAAUAGUAUUAUUCUACUACUGUAAGCUAUAUAACAACAUUGUCUCAGCGGGCCUAAUAUGACAGUUAAAUCUGGUCUCCCAUUAUAACCUGGUCGUGUUGACUGUUAACUGUUUCCACCAUCUGUGACUGAGCAUCAGCUCGCACUGGUGGUCACGGUAUAGGGGAGAUUCCAGGAUGGGAUUGGUCAGAUUCCAGGAUGGAUGAGGUCAUGGAUAAUGUCAUCGUGGCCCUUGACAGACAGAGACAAUUAAAUGGGCCUUUUCGACAGAUGUAGCUCCCUGACAGAGGAAGAGGAGAUUGUUACAAUUUUUAUAGGGCUGUCAAACGAUAAAUGCAAUCGGAUUAAUCGCAGGAUUUGCUGUUAUUAAUCCCGAUUUAUUGCAAAUUCAGAAUUUGCUUAAAAGUAAGCUGUAAUUUAAGAUUGAAAAUCAUUACAAUCAUUUGUCUUGAUUUGGUCCAAAAUCAGGUACAUUGAUAAAGCACACUUUAUUUAACCUCAACAUCAACUGUUUUUAGCUCUAAAUAAUGUUUAGUGUAUUUAAAAUGCUUUCAGACAAUACGAUUAUUCACAGCAAAAAAAUAUGUUGCACUAAAUUUACAUAAAAGGUUAACUCAAGUUGACUGGUUAACUCUGACAGCCCUAUUUUUUGUUAACCAUAAUUGCCUUAGUAUUUACUGAAGAUUACAAAGUAAAUGGUUAUUAUGUAGUAAUUGCUGGGGAAAGGAAUAGGACACUUCAUUGAGGUAUUGUACGAGUCAUCUUUAAGGUAAUAAAUUAUUGUUUUCCAUUACUAUUCAUGCUUUUUGGCAAGAUGAAAUGUUAUUGCCAACAAAAUGCACAAUAAAAGAACUCAC